AAAGCAAAGUAUCUCAACGCAGGGCAACUGUCCUUUCUUCAACAAUGCUGUAAAACCGUCUUCAUAUCAAGAUUUGCUUGCAAACCAUGAUUGGACUAUAUUAUUCCUCAGCUGCUCGGUCAAUAUUACCCUUAGCUUUUCCAAGAUCUGGUGUCUUACGUCGUGGAUAUGCCUUGUCUCGAUUCCCCGACCGUAGGAUAGGAACUGGUAGGGCCUCGGGUCGACCUCGUGAACAUAAUUCUCGUGAAAAAAACCCACGACCAGACGCUAGGACUGUCUACGAGAAGGAACCCUCUGCACAGAACUCUCAAUUAUGGGAGACCAGUCUACGGCAGCCAGCCAGCAAUCCUGAGGAAGGUCUGAGGAGGCUGUUAAUGGAGAACCACACUUUAACGAUCACUAGACAGUUAGAAAUGCUAAACAUAUUCAUGGGCUUCGAGCAAUCUAAUAGAUAUGCCAUCACCAGUGAAACGGGAGAGCCACUUGGUUAUAUUGCUGAAGAACCUCGAGGGAUUCUAUCUAUGUUCUCUCGGCAGAUAUUUCGUACACAUCGUCCAUUCCGUGCUCUUGUUAUGGACACCCACGGUUCUCCAAUUUUAUGGAUCCGUAGACCGUUUGCCUGGAUCAACUCCCGAAUGUUUGUGCAGAGACUGAAUGAUCUUCAAGGAUACACGUCGGAGGGUGAGCCUGUGCUUGAUACUUUCGCAGAGGUGCAACAGCAGUGGCAUCUUUGGAAAAGGCGUUAUGAUCUCUUCCUUCGGGAUAUACCUCGUCGCAUUUUAUCGACAGUCUCUGAAGUUCAACCAGAACCAGAACCCAAUUCAUUUACUCAGUUCGCUCGGGUGGAUGAGGGUCUUUGGGCAUGGCAUUUUAAUAUUUUAGAUGCUCGUGGUGCACCAAUUGCAACCGUCAAUAGAACGUUUAGGGGGUUUGGACGUGAGAUUUUUACUGACACAGGUCAAUAUUCCGUCAAUUUCGCCGCUCCUAUCGGUGAGUCGGGAUCUUCGGAUCCUGCGCCCCGUAAACCAACUGUCAUUCGUAAUCUCACAUUGAAUGAAAGAGCAUUGGUUCUGGCUAUGGCUGUCAACAUCGACUAUGACUAUUUUUCGCGGCAUUCUGGACCUGGACAUGGGAUGGGUUUUCCUUUGUUUUGGGGAUCAGGCGAUUGAAGCAGAUGCAUGAUGUCGGGGUAGUCUACAAUAUAGACUUAUUAAAACAAUAUGUAAACAUCUGUUGGACCCUUGUUAGGACAUUGGUGCAAUCCACACGCCGCUGAGGUUGCUUAGCUGAAAUGCGUGCACGUGUUU